UUUCACCGAACGACACUGAACGCAUUCGCUCGCAAUCGUAGAAGAUGGCUCGCUCUGCCUCUUCCGCCCUUCGCCUCCUCGUCUGCUUCGCCGUCGUCUUCCUUGCCGUCGCCGGCAACGACAGCCCACUCUACUCCGUCUGCUCCACGUCCGCCAACUACACUGCCAACGGCGCCUUCGACAAAAACCUGCGUAAGCUCACCUCCCUGCUCGCCGCCGUCGCCCCGACGGCCGCUGGCUUCGCGGUCAGCUCGCUCGGCAGCGGCGUCGACGCCUACGUGAGCGGCCUCGCAAUGUGCCGCGGCGACGUCUCCAGCCCGGAGUGCGGGGCCUGCCUCGCCACGGCUGGCGUCCGGGCCCGCGAGCUCUGCCCCCACAGCAAACAGGCCGUCCUCUGGUUCGACCACUGCAUGCUCAAGUACUCCGACGCCGACUUUUUCGGCAGAGUCGACUUGGACCCCCAGAUCUACAUAUACAACGUGAACAACGUCUCGUCGGACCCGGCGAGGUUCGACGCCGAGGUGGCGGAACUGCUGGGGAAGCUGAGGGCGGAGGCGGCGGCGUCGUCCCUGUACUUCGCGGCGGGCGAGACCGGGAUCGCGCAGGCUGGAGGCGAUCGGGAGCUGCACGGACUGGCGCAGUGCACGAGGGAUCUACCGCGGGCGGACUGCGAUCUCUGCCUCGGCGCCAUCAUCGGCCAGCUGCCGAGCUGCUGCGCCGGCAAGCGGGGCGGGAGAGUGCUGAGUGGGAGCUGCAACUUCCGAUACGAGCUGUACCCGUUCCUCAACGUUUGAUUCAUAAUAUUAAUAAUAGAUUCAUCGAAUAAAAGCAUGUAACGGCUCACUGUAAGGAAUGGAAGAAACAAUCAAUAUAGCCAAAUGCAGAAUGAACAAUCCCUUCUUAUUAAUAU